GAGAGAUGUACAGGGGAGGGAAGAGGCAGGGAGGAGAAAAGUAAAAGCCAAAGGAUUCUGAAAUACACAAGCAGCAGUAGAGGAUUGAAACAUCUCCCUGUAAAGACCAUUAAACAUGGGCAGCUAUCCAGUCCACAUGCUUUGCUGCUGUUUCUUUGUCGUAGUUGGUGUCUGGGCACAACAAACUGAAAUACAGGAAUUGGAGGACCCUGCCUUUCCACCAUCCGAUUGCAGAGAGGAAACAUACCCCUGCACCAGGAUGUACUCUGUUCAUCGACCUACAAAGAGAUGCAUCCAUUCACUCUGUCUGUACAGCCUCCCAAGAGUCUAUGUGAUCAACAAGGAGAUCUGUGUGAGGACUGUGUGUCAACAAGAUGAGCUUCUGAUGGCUGAACUUUGUAGAGAGAAAGCUGGGUGGCCGAAACGUCAAACAAGGUCAACUAAAAGACGCUGUCACCGUGGCAACCCAAUAACAUGGGCAAACAAGGGUUAAUGUGUGAUGGAUGACAAAGGCAGAGGGUUGGAGACUGAAAGAGGGAGCAAGUUCAAACAAAUACAGCUAUAAAUCUGAAUUACAGAUCACAAACUGUGCGCUUGUUCUGUUCCAUAAACAUAGCCGCUCAUAAUACCCAAUUAAUGUCACUUUCUCAUUUUAAUGCUUCUGUUGGAUGAAUGUAUACAUGUUUUAAAGAGUGUAUUUUCAUAAAGGUUUUAAAUCAGACAGGGGAUGACAAUGCAUAUUGGUGCUGAUAGAAACCCAACCCAACCGCUAUGUUCAUUAUAUUCCUUCAGUAUACACACCAGCCACUUUAAGUAAACAUUAAAUGCACAAAAACGAAUACAUUUUUAUAUGAUUUCAUUUUGACUAUCAGUCUUUAACAAAUGUUAUUAAAGGAUAUUUUUCUUCUAA